GCGCGGGCGCGGGCGGGGGCUGGCAUCACGGCGCGAGUACGGUACGCCGUGUUUAUUCUGUUCUGCCGCAUAUAUCGACCGGGCCCGUGGCGCGCGCCGCCCGGUCAGUCGCCGCCGCCGCUCGCACAGACCGCGCGUCUCGCCACCUCGUGACAGCUGCCAACCUACCUCGCACGCGACUAACAACUUAAUAAUAUCAACAAAUAACAUCCAUUAUCACAUACUGCAAUAAACUAUCAUGCUGGAACGUUGUUACGAUGAAUAACGACUGAGUGUUAACGAACAAAACAAAAGAUCUAAUGUGUAAUGUGAUAUUGUGUUGCUAAAGCUGUGUUGCAUUUCUUCAGGCAGCUGUCCAUACGGUGCGGGAGAGGCAAAGCUGACAUUAUGGAAUAUUUGUGAUUUUGGUCACAAAAACAAAACGAUGGCGGCAUAUUUUCACAUAUCGACGUGUAACAGAUAGAAGUACAACUGUGAUGCAAGUAGAUGUAAUGGCGUAGGUCAUACGCAAUGUCCACAUAGGAGGAGCAGACCAAUGGGACCGCAUGGAGACGCACGUGCAGAUGAGUCAAGCGCUGCCGACCAAACGCACGGAAGCAACCUAUAGGAGUUGCUCGCAGUCUCUGCCACUCGACAUUCUAUGGUUGCCGCGGUCGUCGUUCCGGCCGGCAGAGGGCGAGCUGGCGGACUGCGUGCUCGUGGUGGGGGUGUCGCGGCCCAAGCUCGCGGCGGCGCUGCUCUCCGUCACGCUGCUGUCUCUCUUCCUCACCUUCCACGUGCUGUACGACAGCGCGCUUUACAGCAUACAGGCUGCCAGCCUGGCGUCCGCGGCGAGCGAGAGCCGCAAGAUCCUGCACAGCCAAGAAAUGGGCGGUCGCAGCAUCAACCAUCCCAUGGCGCUGCGCAAGAGGACGCGGCCCGCAAGGCCGCCGAGGCCGAUGAAGAGGCUUCCACAGGCGUUAAUAGUCGGAGUCCGCAAGUGCGGUACGCGAGCACUCCUAGAGAUGCUGUACCUCCAUCCAAUGGUACAGAAGGCGUCUGGGGAAGUGCACUUCUUCGACCGCGAUGAGAACUACGCUCUGGGCCUGGAGUGGUACAGGAGUAAAAUGCCACUGUCCUUUAAAGGGCAGAUAACGAUAGAGAAGAGCCCUAGUUACUUCGUUACUCCUGAGGUGCCAGAACGCGUCCGCGCCAUGAACUCCUCAGUGCGGCUACUCCUCAUAGUGCGCGAGCCGGUGACUCGCGCCAUCUCCGACUACACGCAGCUGCGCAGCCGCGCCACGCCUUCUGCCCCGGCGCACGCCAUGACGCCAUCCCAUCCGGCGCCUGACGCCGCCAAGCCGUUUGAGCAUCUCGCCAUAUCGCCCGAUGGCUCCAUCAACGUCGCGUAUAGGCCUAUCGCCAUAUCAUUGUACCACGCGUACUUGCAUCGUUGGCUGGAGGUGUUUCCCCGGGAGCAGAUUCUGGUAGUCAACGGAGAUCUGCUGAUCGAAGACCCGGUGCCUCAGCUGCGGCGCAUCGAGAAGUUCCUUGGAUUAGAGCACAAAAUUGGAAGAAGAAACUUCUACUUCAAUGAAACUAAAGGCUUCUACUGCUUACGAAAUGACACAACGGACAAGUGUCUGCGUGAAACUAAAGGUCGUAAGCACCCGCGGGUGGACCCGGCCGUCGUCACCAAGCUCAGGAAGUUUUUUAUACAGCACAACCAGAGGUUCUACGACCUCGUAGGAGAAGACCUCGGCUGGCCCGAGGACUAGGCAAAGGAGGUAACUGGCCAAUGGCGUUACCAGACAUAUGGACGCACCAUAUCGUUGUGAUCGAAUGUAAUUCUUACAUAUCAAAAUAAAACAUAUCAUUAGUGCUUAAGGUUUUUAAAAUAUAUAUAUGUAUACAUCUAGACUAAUUAAAAAUUAGAACACCUGGAAAACAUAAAUUUUAUUUAUUAGUACGGGAUGUUUUGUAUACAAAAUUUUGCUGCACUUUAGUUAGACAAUGUAGUUAUAUACCGAUUUCAUUUUGGGUUUAUUGUACCAAUCGAAGUGAUCGUUUAUACUGGAUAUAUUAUAUUAUAUUUAUUAAUUUUGACAGUGUCUACGAAACGGGAACAAAAAUUGAAAGUAUGGAAGACGCGGUCAAUUAUUAUGUUUAUUUAGAUCAGCGACGAUCCUUUACAAUUAUCACGCACUGAUUCGAUAGACCGACUCACUGGAACCCUGAGCAAUAUAUUUUUAAUAUUAAUAGCUAAUAAUUAAGUAUUACGUGCAAACCUUUACACAGCGUUUUUUAUACAUUUAGGUAUGGAUUUUAAAGCUGUUUGUGAUCAGUUCGUUCUUAGUACUUAUUCACUAGUUGAGGCGUAAGUAUCUACUAAGCUAAAUGUAUUCUACUAGAGUAAUUCCACGAGGAUGCGUGUUGUGUACAUUUUUCGCUUUCUCUUUUUAGAUGUCGUAAGUUUUGAUCGUGUCGUGUGGCUCGUAAAUGUUUUUAUGUUACCUACUAGUGAAUGUGAUUUAUAAAAUUCUUAAGAAUAUUUCCCAUGUUUUCCAAAUUCAUCAUUGCAAUGUUUAAAGUUAGUAGCUAAUUGUCUUCUUUAGAACGAUACUCUUGAAACUCUUAAUCCGAAUCAUUCUGUGUGUGUCUAUAAUAAUAUCAUAAAUUUCUUUGAUCUCAGUGUUGUUAUGGAGUCGUUGAGUGUGUUGGUCACACUGUAGAAUAUACACACGAUUUAAAUUAAAGUAAAAGUGGAGUGAUAUCGAUAUACAUACAUUCAACGCGGGUUUAGGGGUUAUUCUAUUUAAGCGAAACGUCCAAGACUGAAGAGUUAGUUGAGUAAGUUUAAGUAAUAUUUAGCAUAAAGUGUCCAGAGUACGGCGCCCGAGACGACCUGGCCGACUGCGGAAUGGCACUCAAGGCCAUUAUUAAUACUACAUUUCCAAAUCACAAGACAGUCAACGAAUAUUAAUAUUUUGUAAAAUGUAAGCCUUCUACGAAUGCUUAUCCAAAAAGAAUAAUAUUAAAUAAAGUAUUUAAAUGGACAAAGAAACGAAAAAUCUAUGUACAAUUUUCUCUAAUAUUUGUUAUAGCCGUUUUACUGCCAUUUUAGCCCAAAUGAGCACCUGUCUAUAUGAAACUCGUAUGAAAUACGGAGUACCAUUUUAUUGACGUUUACAGUCGUAGGGACCUACAUUAAUUCUGGGACACGGAAAUGGUAUCAAUUUCAAAUUAAUGAGGCAGUGGCCGAUUGAGGUAUUUUCCACGAUUCUCUUCAAAGAUUUCUUUUAUACAUAUUGCAUAAACAAAUUGGAUUUGCGUUCGUAAUAAUGAAGGCAUAACUCAUUAUACGUGAAUAUACGAUGUAUGUACCAGUAUUGUAAUGUAUCGAAGAUACAACUAAUAUAAGGAGCGGAGGCAACUUUCGAACAAGAUACUUGCUGCUGACAAAUAUUUCACCACAAGUUGCUCAAGUAACUUUCAGUGAUAAAUAAAAGGUUGAAAGAAACAAAA